ACAUCUCAUCCGCUUCUUCAAACUCUCUGUUUGCAGCAACAGGUAAGAUGACAACAUAAGACAUACGCGAAUAUGUAGCCUGUUGUUAUUAACAACGGUACUUUCCAUCCGGUGAGCGCUUGCGAGGGAACAGCUACCUGAUUCCCAGAAGUCUACGGCCAAAGCACCGGCAGCAGCAUGGUUGCCGCUGAAAUAGCCUAACGGAUUAUUUGUGUCUUAUUUUAACCUAAGGCGACAUAGACUGCCCUCGACAUAGCCUAUCAAAACCACAGGUCGGUGUCAUACGGAGACGGCUGUAGGCUACCUUUGAAAGUUCGAGCGGCUCGAAGUUGACAGCUAUGCAGCUGAAAGCGUAGCGAUGCUCAACUCAGACUUCACAUGGCAACCGCUACGAAAAUAGUUUCCAAGAAAGUGCUUCGAACUUUGUGUGGGAUCCUCCUGACCUAUUUCAUCAUUGUAUUGGUGGAUUUACAAUUGCGAACAAGAAAUCCCAUCAGUCCAGGUGCUGAACGCGGUGCAGGAGAACGUUUCCAGAACCAUGCUGUCAAUUCCCUGUCAAAAGAUGGAAACAUCCUGUCAAAGUCAUCAGACGGCGGACGCAGUGACAGCAGUCGAGGGGAGAAUAAAGACAGAGAUUUUAGUGACAAUAGACGUCCAUCCUCUUGGUCAAGCCUGACGCCCCAAGACAUUUUUAUAGCAGUGAAGACGACAGGAAGGUUUCACCGAACACGACUGGACCUGUUGCUGGAUACAUGGAUAUCAAUAACUAAAGAACACACGUACAUCUUCACGGACACUCCUGAUGUGGAGAUCACCUCCAAAGGCUACAAUCUCGUGCUGACCAACUGCCCUCCGGAGCACAGCCACCAGGCCCUGUCGUGUAAGAUGGCCGCCGAGUAUGACCGCUUCAUGGCCUCAGACAAGAGGUGGCUGUGUCACGUGGAUGAUGAUAACUACCUGAACCCAGGGGCUCUGCUGUCCCUUCUUUCUGCAUUCCCAUUGGACAGUGACAUCUACGUGGGCAAGCCCAGCCUGGACCGACCAAUGAAAGCCCACGAGCUCCUGGAGGCCAAUAAGACGAAAGAGGUGACGUUCUGGUUUGCCACUGGAGGAGCUGGAUUCUGUCUGAGCAGACAGUUGGCCGAGAAGAUGGCCCCCUGGGCUAGCGGCCCCCGAUUUGAGGAGACCUCUGCGUCCAUCCGGCUGCCGGACGACUGCACGGUGGGCUUCAUUGUGGAGCGGCGUCUGGGCGUGCGCAUGGUGCACAGCCCCCUGUUCCACUCCCACCUGGAGAACCUGCUUAUGCUCAGCCCCCGCUACAUCUCACAGCAGGUAACCCUCAGCUAUGGGCUGUUUGAGAACAAGAUGAACAGCAUUGAGCUGAAGGGGGCCUUUUCCAAGGAGGACGACCCUUCAAGAUUCAAGACGGUCCACUGCAGGCUGUACCCAUUCACGAGCUGGUGUCCUUAAAAAAAAAAAACCCUGUAAAGAACUUCAACUUCCAGAAGCAACUGCGGUCACCUGCUGAAAGCUAAGCUAAGCUAGGCUAUGCUAGACUGUGCUAAGCUUGUGUACUGUGGGUCUCGGGCUCACAGGGUUGAGCUCCUCCUUUGAACCCUCUCCUCUCCCCGUGUCCCGAGUUUUGUAUGGCCUGGGGACGUGUUGAGGCCUCAGAUCUGCUGAAGACUAAUAGGAUAUUGCCUUGUGGGAGGCUCAAAGCACAAAAAAUCCCUUAACUGGAACCCCCUCUUCAUCUGGGUGCACGCUGGAGGACCAAGGCUUCCCACAAGCCCCCCUGAGAUCUUAGAGGAAUCAUAAAAGGUCAAGGAGGCAGCUGUGGCUCUUCAGGCAUAUUUCCAUUUUAAGCAUGUGAGGGUGAGAGAGAUUUAUGUAGAUCCUUGAAGGUGAGGACUGACUUUUUAAUACAGCACUUUUUGAUGAAUUUAUAUGAGAUUUCAAUGCAUUUGAUUUAUUGGUCUGUAUUUUUUCCAUAUUGGAAUGGACACAGGGUUUUGUUUGAUGUCAUUUUAAAGCUUAACCUGGUUCAACAGAUGAGUUCUUGCAGCUGUUUGUUUGUUUUAGCGAGCAUUCAGCCAUGUAACAUAGCUAAAAACAUGAACAUUUCUUUUUAUUGUGUUUGUGUUUUUUUUACCAUGUUUUAAUAGAGAAAUACUAUGUAGAGAGUGAACUCUUAUGUAUGUUUCUAUGUCAUUUGCCAUUGACAACAUUACCUACAUAUAGGCCUGCUGUAUCACUGCAUUUUCUCACUUCAAAGCAAUGUGACCGUGGCUUCCCAAUUUGAAUAUGAAUGUUCUUACGUGAAUUAAACAUAUUUUUAGUAUUCUUUAAGGCCAUCAUGAAAAAAAUAAAACUCAGUUCCACCCGAAUAAAGACCCUGACAAGCAAACCAA